CGCCAGAAAGGGUUUUUAAGCGCCCGAAACCUCGCCCUUCUUUGCCGAAGUUUUCUUUGAAUUUCUAUAUCUCAGACCACAACCAGAGAGAAAAAUUAACACACACAACCAUGGUUGAAGAAGCCCCUGCCUCGGAAUCCUCAGUCACGGUAGCCCUAGAGCAACUCCCUCACACGGAGACCUCCAUCGAGGCAACCAUCGAAUCCGUGGCUGUUGGAGGUACCACCGACUCCACUUGCAACAACAACAACAACAACAACAACAAUGUUGAAAUUUCCGCUCCCACCUCUGAGGGAGACCACGAGAAGUCGCUUGAGUCUGCCGCUGAGUUGACCGAGAAAGGAACCAAAGCACUCCGAGAAAACGACUACGGCGAGGCUGCAGACUGUUUAAGCCGGGCGCUAGAGAUAAGGGUUGCAUAUCAUGGUGAGCUUUCUCUGGAAUGCGUUCACUCAUACUAUCAAUAUGGACGUGCACUGCUAUACAAAGCACAAGAGGAAGCUGAUCCACUGGCUACGGUACCCAAGAAGGAGGGUGAUCCUCCUAAGGAAUCUGAUAAAGAAGGUUCUGUUAAGGAUGUUCCGAAUGGAGAAUCUUCUGUUGCUUCUGUUGCUAGUAAUGUUACUCAAGAUGCGGGUUUGAAUCCACAGGAAGGAGUUUCAGAUGACACUACUGGUGGAAAAGACCAAGAUGAAGAUGAUGAGGAUGAGGAUAGUGAUGCUGAGGAUCUGGCUGAAGCAGAUGAGGACGAGUCUGACCUAGAUUUGGCAUGGAAAAUGCUUGAUGUUGCAAGGGCAAUUGCUGAAAAACACCCUGGUGACACCAUGGAUAAAGUGGAUAUUCUAUCAGCUCUUGCAGAAGUUGCAUUGGAAAGAGAGGACAUCGAAACUUCUCUGAGUGACUAUGAGAAAGCAUUAUCCAUUUUAGAGCGGCUCGUUGAACCAGACAGUCGCUAUAUUGCUGAACUAAAUUUCCGAAUAUGUUUGUGCCUGGAGAUUGGCUGUAAGCCUAAGGAAGCAACUUUGUAUUGCCAGAAGGCUAUAUCUGUUUGCAAGUCACGGCUAGAGCGACUCACAAAUGAAACAAAGAGUUCUGCUGAAUCUGCAACAUCAUCAGUUGCUUCGGCAUUAGAUGAGAGUGUUGAGCAGUCCACCAAUGUGGCAGUGGCUAAGAGAAAUGGGGUAGAUAAACAAGCAGAGAUUGAAACACUCACUGGCCUUUUGGGAGAUUUAGAAAAGAAGCUUGAAGAUCUGCAAACAUUUGCCCAGGAUCCAAAGUCUAUUCUUGCUGAAAUCCUGGGGAUGACAUCAGGUAAGGGAAAAGGUGGUGGAAAAAGUACAUCUUUGUCUAUAAUGAGCUCUUCACAAUCACCGAUUAGUACUUCUCACGGCAGUGGAAAUUUCGACUCUCCAACUGUCUCCACUGCCCACACCAAUGGUGCAGCUGGGGUCACACAUUUGGGCGUUGUAGGAAGAGGAGUCAAACGCGUGCAGAUGAAUACAGUUUCUGCAGAAUCGAGCCCAACGAAGAAACCCUCACUGGAACCUUCAUCGGACAAAGGUGACGCAAGUUCCAAAUGAUGUUUUUUGUGGUCCAUGCUUCGAAAUCCAUUGCUAUACUGCAAUUCCCUUUUCUUUUUCUUUUUCUUUUUUGAACUUUCCCUUUUCAGGGAAAUGCUGAAUCUUGCCAUGCGCAAUUUGACAUAAUGCUAUAUUAUAUGCUAUGCCUUGUGUCCCCUGAGCUCGGUACUAAUUCCUGUAUAAAUUUCCCCACUAGCUCAGGGGAUAUACUUCGUAAUCAUCUUUCUGUAGAAAAAAUUGCUAGGGACUAGGAAGUGAACUUUUUCUAGAAUCUUUGCUAUCUAAAGUAGAGAUGAAGUGAGACUUAUGAAUGGCGCAUGGUUGAGUUUUUUGCAUGCA